AUGGCUCCUCCGCACCCUCUCGACCCGCUCUCCGCCGCGGAGAUCGAGAAGGCCAUCGCCGCCGUCACCGCGGCGCAUGGCGAGGUCUUCUUCAACGUCGUCUCCCUCCACGAGCCCCGCAAGGCCGAGAUGACCGCCUUCCUCGCCGCGCCCGGCACGGCCCCGCGCCCAGCCCGCAUCGCAGACGUUGUCGUGAUCGCAAAGGGCGGCAAGGUCUACGACGGCCUCGUCGACAUCGCCUCGGGCGCAAUCACAAAGUGGGAGCUCAUGGAGGGCGUCCAACCAAUCAUCACAAUGGAAGAGCUCCAGAUCGUCGAACACAUCUGCCGCACCGACGAGCGCGUCAUCGAGCAGUGCGUCCUCUCCGGCGUCCCCCGCCACGAGAUGCACAAGGUCUACUGCGACCCCUGGACCAUCGGCUACGACGAGCGCCACGGCAACACCGUCCGCCUCCAGCAGGCCCUCAUGUACUACCGCCCCGACCCGGACACCUGCCAGUACCAGUACCCCCUCGACUUCUGCCCCAUCUACGACGCCGACAAGCAGGCCAUCGUCGCCAUCGACGUCCCCAACGUCCGCCGGCCCCUCAGCAAGGCCGCCCCCAUCGACUACACCCCCGCCGCCGUCCAGAAGCAGGGCGGCUACCGCACCGACCUUAAGCCCAUCAACAUCACCCAGCCGCAGGGCGUCUCCUUCACCAUGGCCGGCCGCGAGAUAUCCUGGCAGAACUGGAACUUCCACAUCGGCUUCAACUACCGCGAGGGCAUCGUCCUCAGCAACAUCACCUACAACGACAAGGGCACCGUCCGCCCCAUCUUCUACCGCCUCUCCCUCGCCGAGAUGGUCGUCCCCUACGGCAACCCGGAGCACCCCCACCAGCGCAAGCACGCCUUCGACCUCGGCGAGUACGGCGCCGGCUACAUGACAAACUCCCUCGCCCUCGGCUGCGACUGCAAGGGCGCCAUCCACUACCUCGACGCCGAGUUCCCCACCCGCAACGGCGCCGUCCGCACCAUCAAGAACGCCAUCUGCAUCCACGAGGAGGACUCGGGCAUCCUCUUCAAGCACACCGACUUCCGCGACGACUCCGUCAUCGUCACCCGCGGCCGCAAGCUCAUCAUCCAGCAGAUCUUCACCGCCGCAAACUACGAGUACGCCGUCCAGUGGAUCUUCCACCAGGACGGCACCAUCCAGCCCGAGAUCAAGCUCACCGGCAUCCUCAACACGUACGCCAUGAACCCAGGUGAAGACACCAAGGGCUGGGGCACGCAGGUCUACCCCGGCGUCAACGCGCACAACCACCAGCACCUCUUCUGCCUGCGCAUCGACCCCAACGUCGACGGCCCGCGCAACACCGUCUUCAUGGUCGACGCCGUCCCCUCCGACGCGCCGGUCGGCUCCCCCGAGAACUUCUACGGCAACGCCUUCUCCGCGCGGCGCACCAAGCUCGCCACGACAGGCGAAUCCCUCACAGACUACAACGGCGCCACCUCGCGCACCUGGGAGAUCGCCAACACGGACAAACUCCACCCGUACUCCGGCAAGCCCGCCUCCUACAAGCUCGUCUCGCGCGAAGUGCCCGGGCUGCUGCCGAAAGAGGGCUCCCUGGUCUGGAAGCGCGCGGGCUUCGCGCGGCACGCGGUGAUGGUGACCAAGUACCGCGACGACGAGCUCUGGCCGGCAGGCCGCCACGUGCCGCAGACCUCGGGCGAGCCGUCGCGCGGCAUCCCGGAGUGGGUCGGCGACGGCAGCGAGAGCGUGGAGCAGGAGGACGUGGUGUUCUGGCACACCUUCGGCGUGACGCACAUCCCCGCGCCCGAGGACUUUCCCAUCAUGCCCGUCGAGCCAAUCACGCUGCUGCUGCGGCCGCGCAACUUCUUCGCGAAUAACCCCGUGAUGGACGUGCCGCCGAGUUAUUGCAGCACGCCGAGCCAGGUUGCGAAGGGACGGGAGGGGGUGGUGGAUGCGACGGACCAGGUGAGCAAGCUUGCGUUUGAGGGGGAGGCGGGGUCGUGUUGUGCUGGGAAGAGCAAGUUGUGA